UCAGAUGAUUCUCAGUAUACCGGUGAGCGCACCACCCGAGCUGUCAACGCUCAACUACAACACACACACACACACAAAACCCCUUACCCUUCAUACACACACACACUCACAAACACGUCUGCGUCAUGCGUCCUGCAGGGAGCGACGGCACGACCGCGGUAACUCCGAUGGACCCGGGUAAAACGCACCGCGGCAGCAGCAGUCUGAGGGGCUGACUGUGUCCUGCUUAUCUUGUCCAGCUGCUCUGGGAAAAGUUGCAUUAUGGAUUUUAUACCAACAACAAGCAGCAGCAGCAGCAGCAACGAGAGCAACGCGACCGGUGGUGGUUACCCUGAUGUGGUUGGAGACUGGGCUCAUGGUGAGAAUGGCACAUCUGGGUCUCCACCACCAGAUGUGAAGCUGAGUUACCAGAUCAUCACCUCUCUGCUCUUGGCGGCCCUCAUCCUCUGCUCCAUCUUCGGCAACGCGUGCGUCGUGGCCGCCAUCGCCCUGGAGAGAUCUCUCCAGAACGUGGCCAACUAUCUGAUUGGAUCACUGGCCGUCACAGACCUCAUGGUAUCGGUGCUGGUUCUGCCAAUGGCGGCCCUCUACCAAGUUUUGAACAAGUGGACACUCGGGCAGGGGAUUUGCGACUUAUUCAUCUCUCUGGAUGUUCUGUGUUGCACAUCAUCCAUCCUGCAUCUGUGCGCAAUCGCCUUGGACAGAUACUGGGCCAUAACAGACCCGAUCGACUAUGUAAAUAAACGCACGCCGAGGCGAGCUGCGGUCUUGAUCAGCGUCACUUGGCUGAUCGGGUUUUCCGUCUCUAUUCCGCCUAUGUUAGGCUGGAGAAGCGCAGAAGACAGGGCAGACCCGGACGCAUGCCUCAUCAGCCAGGACCCGGGCUACACCAUCUACUCCACGUUUGGGGCUUUUUACAUCCCGCUCAUCCUCAUGUUGGUGCUGUACGGGAGGAUAUUCAAGGCUGCUCGGUUUCGGAUUCGGAAGACGGUGAAGAAACCGGAGAAAGUGAAAGUGUCCGAGAAGUGUUUGAGUGUGUCUCCGGCCAUCUUCCACAAGAAGAAAAGCAACGGGGAGAAAAAAGACUGGAGGCGCAGCGACGAGUCCAAACCUGGCUCUCCUCUUCCUCUGUGCGUAAACGGCGCGGUGAAGCACAGAGAGGAAGGAGAGUCGCUGGAGAUCAUAGAAGUUAUCAGCAACUCAAAGACGCACCUGCCUCUGCCCAACACGCCUCAGUCCUCCUCGCAGGGCUACUAUGAGAGCAUGAAUGAGAGGAACUCAGGUGCGAAGAGGAAGAUCGCGCUGCAGAGGGAGCGUAAAACGGUGAAAACCUUGGGGAUAAUCAUGGGCACUUUCAUCUUCUGCUGGCUGCCCUUUUUCAUCGUGGCACUCGUGCUGCCUUUCUGUGCGGAGAGCUGCUACAUGCCCGACUGGCUGGGUGCAGUGAUAAACUGGUUGGGCUACUCCAACUCUCUCCUCAACCCCAUCAUAUAUGCUUACUUCAACAAAGACUUCCAAAGUGCUUUCAAGAAGAUCAUCAGAUGCAAAUUCCACAGAGCGUGAUUUUUACACACACACAGUGAAAAACUUCAAUGUGGAGUAAAUGAUGGGACAGUAUGAAAUGUUUCACUGACUGUAUGGGUGAAAACAAUAUACAGACUUUUAUUCAGGGACUCUUUUCAGUGUGUGUGUUGGAGGACAGUGUAAAAAGAAAAAAAAUGGGGUCACUGGUGAAAUGAGACAGGAACUUUUUUUGCUCUUAAUGUACAAGCUCAUGUUUAUUCAGUGUUGUAGCUACAGUAUCUAGCCUAUGCGCGACGGCAGCCCAUCGUUAUAUUGCCAUGCAACACGUGUCAUGUGCUGAUUCCAUGCAUUUUUAUCAUGAGACACACGCGCGGGGUUUCCGUCCUAUACACCAUGAGCUUUGUAGCACUGAAACAAAUAAAAAGCAAUCAAAGUUUGUCAUUAAGAAA